GGUUUUACUUAAAUCCACCACUUUGAGUGAGAUAGCCACAUACGAGGAGCGCGGUGUUUGGAAACACGGACAUAUCGAUUUUUCGAGAACCAUCCCCUUACACAUACGUCAGUCAAGUUGUUCCUACAAUGGUCGCUGUGACGCUAGCAUCUACGCUGCGCGAGCAGCACGUAGUGGUAUUGGGAGGCGCAUACGCCGGCUUAUCGAUGGCGUUGAAUCUUCUUCGGAUCUGCGACGGCACCAUUGGAUCAUUCAGGAGAGGGAGCAAGGGAGGUAGAGGAGGUCAGAGUAUGACGCCUCAGGCCCCGCAGAUGAUGCCCAAGAUCACCAUCCUUGAUCCAAGAGAUGGGUUCUAUCAUGCAGUUGGCACGCCUAUGGCACACACGACAAAGAGCUACAUCGACCAGCCAUGGCGGACGUGGGAUCAAAUUCCGGAAUUGAAGAGACACUCGGUUUCGAUCUUGAAAGGCACGGCUGUGAGAGCGGAUCCCCGUUCGAAGAGACUGCUCUAUCUUUCCCAUGAGUCAAGUAGCCAAGACCAGCAUGUGCUGGAUUACGAUUACUUAGUCGUGGCUACUGGGUUGCGACGACCGUGGCCGACAAUCCCGGUGGCAGCAACCAAGGCGGAGUAUGCUGUGCAAGCGGGGAGAUAUAUCGAUCGUUUGCAGAAGUGCAAUUCAGUGGUAAUCAUUGGUGGUGGCGCUGUGGGAAUCGAGAUGGCGGCCGAGAUCAAGCACCGUUACCCCACCAAACAAGUGACCUUGAUCCACUCACGUUCGUCACUCCUCUCGUCUGAGCCUGUCUCGCCAGAGUUCCGUGACCAGGUUCUCGAGGUCGUCAAACACGGCGGGGUGAACGUUAUUCUCGAGAACCGCGUACUCAGUGCUAUCGAAGGGUUGAGCACGGUCAAAACAAUCAGGCUUCAAACCGGAAGCCAGCUAACCGCCGACGAGGUGAUCUGGGCUACUUCGUCAGCUGCCCCGGUUACAGAAUUCUUGCCAAAAGAGGCUUUAGAUGAGAGAGGAUUUGUAAAUGUUCUGCCAACGACGCAAUUUGUCGCGGACAUUCCUAACAACAACUUCCACUUUGCGAUCGGUGACGUGAUCGCCACCCCAGGGAUCCGACUCGCCAAAACAGCCAUCCGGAUGGGAAGUACAGCUGCUAUGAACAUAGCCCAAAUGAUGGUGUCAGCAGAACAAGGUGAAGAGGUGCAGUCAUCUUUGGCCCAGAUGCGAGGGCCUAACAAGGGGCUGAGCUUGAUCAUCGGAGGUUCCGGUGCGGCGUUUGAUGGUAAAACGGGGGAUGUGGUGAGUGGCCCUCAAGUCAAGAACGGGAUAUUUGGUGAUGAUAUGGCGCUUCAUCGUAAGUAUUCCUCACUUGAAUCAUGGCGAAGCGAGACACUGAUUGGUCUGCAGGUGCAUUUGGUGCGCUCGGAUUACCGAUGGUUCCAUAAGCUGGAGUGGCCGAUUUAUGAAUAG